GUUUGAUAUAGAUUAGGCUGAAAAUAUGCAUUUCAUAGGUUAUAUUACCAGAGCGUUUAAUCAUUUUUUUAAAACGCUCGUACUUUGCAUGCAUUUUUCUGACCAAUUAAAAUCAUCUAACAAAUGGGCGAUAAUAGAUUUUCUAAAAAGUUUUUGAAAAUUUUAGCAGUUUUCUUCAAUUAUUUAGUGUUAGAUAGAUGGAUUCAUAGCUGUAAACUGAACGAACAACAAUAUGGAAGAGAGUUCUUUGAUACCGAAGUAUCAAACUGACAUCGAAGAACCAGAAUUGGGUGAAAACGAGACUGGUGUAAAUUUGAAUUUUUCUGAAAAAUUUGAGCUCGAAUCAAAACUCGAUCACGGGGUCCACAAUAAUCAUGAGGAUACAUGCGCAACCACAGAACAAGUGAUCCUUGUGUACCAAGAUGAACUUAUGUGCUCAGACUGUGGUAAACACUGUAACGAAGUGAAGGACUUCCUGGAACACAAAGUUGAACACUUCAUCUCUAAGGGUAUAGCCCAAUGCUUGCUGUGUACAGUGGAACUCACAAACCCUGUUGACUUAUUUAGCCACUAUAAACUGCAACACAACAUUCAUGACUUUGGCCACAAUAUGGUUGUUCUAGACACGCAGGGUCAGAUAGUUCAUGGAGACACGAAUAACUGGAGUUCUAAUAACAUCAAUCUGGAAAACCCAAUAUUAGAAGAUGAUGACCCUGCUGGUGUUGAUGCUGAUGUUAACGAGGAUGAUAUGCAGGUUGAUAUUAACUCAGUUACGACAAUGCUACCCGAACUAAGCCAUGUUGAACCAAUAUUGGAUGACUCAAAUUCAAAAAAGGACAACGGCAAACCCAAAUCUUCCAAAUAUUUGAAAAUUACCAAAAAGAUAUCUCAGGAUAAGAAAGAUGAAGAAGGAUCUAAACCCCAAAAAGAUGAUGACUUUCUGGAUUAUUGUUUCGGAUUAAGCACACGACCUAUAGCUGGAAAACGGAGACACCAUGGUAUGCUGUGCUUUCAGUGUCUUCAGUGUAGCUGUAAAUUCAAUGGUGUGAGUUUAUUAACUAAACACAUGAAGGCGAAACAUGGCAAACUUGAUCCACAAAUAUUACUCUCUCCACCUUCUGAGCGUCAAAAGAACGACUCACAAGAGAUCCUGACUUUUUAUGACUACAUCAAAAAGAAUCAUCCAAAGAAAAAACGUGUAAGAAAUGUUGAAUACCAAGACAUUCCUGGGGAAUAUCCCUGUCCAGAAUGUGAUAAAAUGUUUCUCCGGAUUAGGUAUUUGCGGAGACAUAUGCAAUCUCAUAAACCAGGGUCAAAGGUGGUGUGUGACGAAUGUGGCAAAUCAUUUAGGACUAAGGCUUAUUUGGGACUUCAUAUGAAAACGCAUGAAGCGAAGAAACCAUAUGAAUGUCCUGAGUGUGAUUUUAAAUCCAGUAUGAACCAAGCUAUUCAUAAACAUCGGCAGAUUCAUAAUGCCGGGAGUUUAGUGUGUGAUAUAUGUGGAUUUGCCUACUCUGAUAAAUCAACACUUGUGAAGCAUAAGCAGGUUCAUGAUCUCAGCAGACCUUAUGCCUGUACAUAUGACACAUGCGCCUGGAGGUUUAAAACUGAAGUUCUCUGCAGAGCGCAUAUUCGUGCACACACUGAAGAAGGUAAAUUCAAAUGUACUCGAUGUGGUUAUGCUUUCCGUCACAAGCAUCACCUACAAAGACAUAACGCAAAAAUCCAUGGCAUUCCUUACAUCCCAUGUCGUACAAAUAUCAUACUCCCCAAACCCCCAAAACCGGAUACACCUCCUUCCCUCGAUACAACCAAUCCAAAUUCAUUCAAUUUCAUAGUCCAAGCUCGUCCAGAUAAUAUACAAAUCGACCCUUUAACUCAGCAACUGGUUGUCACUACUGAUAAUGAUGGGAAUUUCGCUAUAACAGACCCAGAGGCUUUAAGUGGGAUACAAUUCAUACAAGAUGCUGUAGAUGGUGAUGAGACCGCAAGGACUAUAUUAUUGUCUGCAUCAGAUGGAGAAUGUUACAGUAGUGUUAUUACUGAUACGCACGUUGCUGACAAUGAACUUGAACAGGAGCCUAGAAUAAUGUUUCAGCAAGAUUAAAAUCGAAAGUGUACAAGACGAUCAUAAAAUUCUCGUAAUAUCUCUAUUUUUAAAGAUAUAUGUAGUUAAAAAUACAUGAAUGUUAACAUUUAAAUUAUUAGCUUAUAGGGAUAUAGGGUCAUUCUCAGAAUUUUUUACAUGUUUUUUUUGCGCUGAGUUUCUUAAGCUACUAUGGCAACUAUCAAAUAAAAAUUAGAGAGAAAUUAUGAGAACUUUAUGAUCACCCCUCAUCUG